GGUUUCGCUCUGCUUCCUGAAGGCCCGAGCUCCGCUCCCGCAGCGCCAUGGCUGGCUUUGGGUUCCCGAGGCGCGGGGCUCCGGGGCACCUGCCCCCCAGGACCUGGCCCUGCACCGCGCUGCUUUCUCUUCUUUUCAUCCCUGUCUUCUCCAAAGGGAUGCAGGUGACCCAGCCUGCAGUGGUGCUGGCCAGCAGCCGGGGUGUAGCCAGCUUUGUGUGUGAGUAUGAAUCUUCAGGCAAAGCUGCCGAGGUCCGGGUGACAGUGCUGCGGAAGGUUGGCAGCCAGAUGACUGAAGUCUGCGCCACAACGUACAUGGUGGAGAAGGAGUUGACCUUCCUAGAUGAUUCCACCUGCACUGGCACUUCCAGUGGAAACAAAGUGAACCUCACCAUCCAAGGGCUGACGGCCAUGGACAUGGGCCUCUACAUCUGCAAGGUGGAGCUCCUGUACCCACCUCCCUACUAUGUGGGCAUGGGCAAUGGAACCCAGAUUUAUGUCAUUGAUCCAGAACCAUGCCCGGAUUCUGAUUUCCUCCUCUGGAUCCUUGCAGCAGUUAGUUCGGGGUUAUUUUUUUACAGUUUCCUCAUCACAGCUGUUUCUUUGAGCAAAAUGCUAAAGAAAAGAAGUCCUCUUACUACAGGGGUCUAUGUGAAAAUGCCCCCCACUGAGCCAGAAUGUGAAAAGCAAUUUCAGCCGUAUUUUAUUCCCAUCAAUUGA